AUGCCUACUUAUUUGAUGCCAUCUGCAUGUCGUCUCAGACAUAAAGGGACAGCCAAAUCACUAGCCUCAGUGGAGAUCUUAAAUGAGGGCACUGUAUGCCCUUUUGUGGAAGUUUGUUUCCAACACACCGUAUACCAGACUAAUACUGCAAGUGGAUCUCAUCCAUGCUGGAAUGAAGAAAUUAGAGUAGAUUUUAUCUCUCCAGGACCUGAUUAUAGCUUCUCUAGCUUAUCUAAAGUAAAAGAUAAUAUAUACAUCAACAUUUUUGACGAAAUGAUACUUGAAAAACAUGAGGAUCACUGUCCCCUUUCCUGCAGUGGUCACUCAUAUAAGAGAAAGAAUUGGCUUGGAUCCAUUGUCUUCCCUUUCUCUACUCUUUUGCAACAAUCUGAGUUUUCAGAUCAGAUAGACGUCUUGAAAAAAGCACAGAUUUUUAAAAGCAAUUGUAAGGCAAUGUUUCCCAACCGAAGAAUCACAACUACUGUUUUUAAUGAUGAAGGGAUACAGAUCUUAGUAACAAGAUACAUCAAGGCAUUGAAUCCACCUCAACAGCUUCUGGAUAUUUUUCUUCAUGAUUCUAAUGCAACCCUUGAUCUCAUUGCUCGAUUUGUAUCUUUGAUUCCUUCUAUGCCUGAUUCACUGGAUGAAAAUGAUGGUUCUGAUAUAUGGAUGACAUCAGAGCGUUCCAUCAGUUUGGCUAUUGGAAAUAAGGAGGAACAUGCCAUACUUCUCUGUAAUUUCUUUUUGUAUUUUGGAAAGAAAGCGUUGGUCCUCCUGGGCAGCUCAUUAUUGGAAGGUCAUGUGGCUUAUGUUUUAACUCAGGAAACUGAUGAAAAUUUGCUUUGGAAUCCACUGACCGGUCAAUGUCAUAAACAGUUUGACCCAUUUUGUCCCUUACAAAGUGUAGACUGUCUGUUUGAUGAUGAAAAUGUGUGGUUUAAUAUUCAACAAAAUAAUACACCAAUGGCUGUACAUUUUGACUAUUCAAAGGACAGUUUCUGGAAACAAAUGCUUCCCAAAAGUUUUCAAGAGACAAAAGCUCCAAGUAUACAGCCUAAAGAAAUAAUUUAUUCUGAUACCAAUAAAGCCAUGGUAGAAGACAUAAAGAACAGGCUUGAAAGGACUCUCAAGUGUAAAAUGAUGGAUUGGCGGCCUAAACAACCAACUCGGUGGAAUAGACAAUGUACUUCUGUUUUGCGACAAAUCCUUCCUAACCUGGAACUUGGAACAGGAAGCUUUGUUUCAUCUGAAGAAGAAAGUGAACUUGAAAGACUGCUGCAAUUUUAUUUGGUCUCAGGAUUUCCCAUCCAUAUGCCGUAUACUGAUGUCCAGUCAGUUGUUGAUGCUGUGUAUCAAACUGGAAUUUACUCUUCUGAAUUUCCCCAGACAGAAUUUGCUCUGGCUGUAUACGUUCACUCAUACCCAAACAACAUAUUAUCUGUGUGGGUCUAUUUGGCCUCUUUAGCCCGAUACCAGUAA